AUGGCGAGACUCGAGAGAAUGUACAGCACUGAAGCACCCUCCAACCCAGCGGAUGUCUUUCACGUCUUCAUGGUGCUUGCAAUAGCAGCCUCGGAUCUCUCUAGGCGGUUCAGAGUUCCUCUUCCGGCCGAGGGGUAUUACACAGCAGCUACCCAGUAUUUCGAACGUGCAUGUGCCGAUGGCUCUUUGGAAGGACUACAGAGUCUGCUCUUGCUAAUGGUAUAUGGAAUUCAUAAUCCCUCGUGCGGCAUCAAUGUCUGGAGCCUGAACUACCAAUGCUUGGGCUCCCUUAUUGACUUGGGUCUUCAGCGUGACGUUCGCGCAUCCUCUACGUUCUCCAUCUCAUUCAUGGAGCAGGAAAUGCGGACUCGCAUCUUCUGGGCUGUAUACAGCUUUGAUCGUACAUUGGGCACAAUGAUGGGUCGACCGAUCGGCGUGAGAGAUGAGGCGUGUGAGCUUCGGCUCCCUUCAGAUGUCUCUGAUGACCAUCUCUCCGAGUCAAACUACACUGAGACCUCGGGGAACCCCAUACCUUCUCACAUGACAUUCUCCAUCCACCUGUUCAAACUCGCCCGCAUCAACUCUGAGAUUAAAUAUGUCAUGCACAGCAUCUGCAGAGAUCCUCCCCGAUACGCCCAACCACCGGUGCCCGAUAUCUAUUUGUGGCAGAAAGAGAUGAUAGAACGCCUUCAGACCUGGCUUGCAGACAUCCCCCGUGGAGCCGAGGGUGAUACCAUCAUGAAAAUAUGUGAAACCAAGUAUCACGAAAUGAUGAUCUUACUGCUAAGACCUAGCCCCGGGAUUCCCGAGCCAUCGGAAGAGAUGCUCGCGCGAUGUUUUCAACACGCCGUGGAUCUUAUCCGCGGGUUUGGGGAGCUCUACAAACAGGAGGCCCUUUUAUACAGCCGACUCAUUGUUCACUCCGUCUUUUUGAGCACGCUCACAAUGCUACAUUGCUUGUGGAGACUGCCUUAUGUUGCACUCGAGGUGCAGAUUGAUGAAGUGGUUGCUGACACGAGCAUCAGUCUGAAUAUAUUAAGCAGUAUUGGAGAAUACUGGGCUGAGGCUAAGCGUGCAAGGGAUUGCAUCCAUGAUUUAUCCGCUGCGACUGUUCAGAGACUUAUCAGAAUGCGGAGCUUAGAAUCCCCUUCAAGCUCGUCUAGGCAAGGCAAAUGCCAAUCAACUCCCGGCACAGCAAGAGCACAGCGGCUGCAGACUGGCAAUGAGGGAAUGGAGCUGCCUUCUCCACUUCGUGCUGACUCCAGUGCUGAAACCCUGCCAUUGAACUUCUUUACGAAUGAUUAUGGCUCGAACCAUAUUGAUUCUACGAGCGGGCUGCAUGAUUCUAUGCUCGGGGGCUUUAUGGACUUUAGCGGAGCUCCGGACUUUGACACUCUCAUGUGGGAGGUCUUUAAUGCUAACUGA